GCGCUCAACAUCUAGUUAAAAACUAAAAACGUUAAUGAACUAGAUGUUGAACGCUCUGGACUCUGGCUUCGAUCUGUUCUCGACAGGCUCUUCAUCCUUAUUACGAGAGAGACUUGUCAGUGGUUUCUUGCAGUGAUACAUUGUCGGUGGUUUCUCACAGUGAUACACUCAGAGAUUUGUGAGUGGUUUUUGAUAAAAUGUUCCAAGGAAGAGAAUCUGGAGUUUUGGAACAUGGAGAGUCUGACAUCAAUGGGACUGAUAUUUCACAGAUGGCGUUCUGCAACAGGGAGACUGGACGUAGAUGUGUAAGAAGCUUGAAGGUGAUUGUACCAUCUAAACCCGAGAUAUGUAGAUAUCAUGGGAUGCCUGGUGGAUGUGUUCGCGGCGAGAAAUGUUUCUAUGCUCACAGUAUAGAAGAUUUACAGAGAAGACCACGAAACUUAUCCCCUCUCAUGAGCCUUCCGAAUAACAAUCAAAUGUCACAAGAAGACUUUAAGAAGAAAGUCUUUGUGGGAGGUUUAUCCCCAUCAAUCGAAUCAGAGUACUUAAGAGAACUCUUCGAGGCCAAAUUUGGCCCCGUCGUGGAUGCAGUCGUUAUUUCCAGCCAUUCCGGUGAUCAAGUCCAGUCUCGUGGAUUCGGUUUUGUUACCUUCCAGCAUGAGGAAUCUGUUUCUCUUGCUGUGAAAACUCAUUAUGUCAGUCUUUGCGGAAAGAAGGUCGAGAUCAAGGGUGCGGUCCCACGAUCUGGAUUGUCUCAACUUGAUAUAGCCAAAAGGAGUCCGACUAUGGCAAGAGAAUCUACAGCCGUCGUAGCUGACCGAAGUGGGGAUGAUCAAGGGUCUCCUCUUCUUCAUUUCCAUGCAGAAAGUGAAUUGGAAGGUCAGUGGACAAAAAGACUGAACAAAGAAACUGUAGAGCCGGCCUUUCCUGGAGGGCCUUCUUCAUCUAUGACAGCCAGCAACACUUCACCCAGCGCGACCCCACACUGGGUGCUGCUAUUGAAGCAUUGGCUUCCGACAUUUUUGAAAGAGGUGUACAAACGCCUCAAGGAAGGAGAAUGGUAUCCACUUUCUUCCCUGAAAGGUGAUUUUAGAGCCACUUGCGGUUUGGAGUUGGAUCACUCCGGAAUUGGAUACCCGAAACUAAAUGAUUUCAUCAAAUGUCAUCCACAGCUUUGCAUAAUUAAAGUGGUUCCCGUAGGAUUGGGCCCUGCGACUCAUAUGGUGCUUCUACCGGUCUCGGGUCGGGCGACAUUUACUAUACCACAUCAGAUGGAAGCAGAUCACGUCAGUAGUCCCGUCCCAGUGGCAUCAUCGAUGACCAAGUCGCAUUGCUAUGCAGAUUCGAUUUCUCCUGGGAUAUUGAACGGUGGAACCAGAAAUCUUCAGAGCCCGGUUAGUUCUUUCAUGGCCAACAUGGAAGAUUAUGAGCACUUCGACGGAUUCCAAUGUGUGGGAUCUUCAGAAGGCACGAUGGAUCCAAUCACUUCUCAGCAGCUUGCAGAAAACAACUUUCAUGGUGAUUUUAAACUUCAUGCGAUCAAAACACCAGUGUUCCCCAGUCAGAGAGGAAAGCGAGCUGAAAGUCAGGACCUGCUACCACAAGGAUCCUCCGCCCUGAAUGAAGCAUUCGCGAAUGCUCGUGCAGAUAUGGAGGAACUUAAAUAUGACAUCACGAACGACUCACGUGUUCAAAGUCAGAUAAUGAUGAACAACUUUUCAGAGGAGCCAAAAACUCCACUAAAUCAAGUAAGUUUGACUCCUUUUUCGACAUUGGAGAAUCAACCAAAGUCGUUCCCGACACAUGAAAUGAGCUCAGCAAGUUCAUCAUACGAUAUUUGGGGUCAGAGCUUCCCGAAUUUGAUGAUAAGUAACAAUGAGGAGAAGACUGUGCCACCUACUGAGAUCCACAAACAUCAGAAAUCAGCCCAAGGUUUCGGAUAUACUUCUGGAGGAUGUAAAAGUCAAUGGAAAAACAUGGACACACCGGUAAGUGUUCUCAAUCCUCUGUCAAAUGACGAGGAUGAUAACCAGUUUAUUCCUAAUUGUAUGUUUUGUUUUCAUCAGGAGUCUUUAUGGGUCUCCAUGCCCUGUAAGGAUUACGUAAUCUGUUCAUCAUGUACAGACUCUUUGUACAAGAGCAAAGGAAACACAUUGCCAAGUAUGUGUUCUGUUUGCUACUGUGAGGUGGAUAGGUGGGAAGCAGUGUUGUACUGAAGCAGUGUUUGCCGAUCUCAAUAAUGAGAAAACACACAAUCAUGCUUUAGUUUGCAGGUUAUAUUUGUUAUUAUUUUUUAGAUUUCAAAACUUCAACAUCUUUCUGACUGUACUCUAUAAGAAGUAUAAUUAUUAUGGUCAAAGCUUCAUUGACCUUGAGUGUAGACUGUAAAGAAGCGUAACGACUAGCACAGAAAGCUCACAUUGUUCAUCCAUUCCAGGAAGCCCUCUUCGAAUUCAUUCAAAAUGUAUUCCAUUAAUGUGAUGUUUUUCAUUC